AACGGUACAGGACUUUGGGCCAUCUGCCGUGACAUUGGCCAUGGGCAUCCUGAGUUCUCCGCAGAACCGUUAAAAUAUAAUUUGCAUAGCUGCGCACCUUGCGCCACAGGACCAUGGCACCAGUUCCUGAUCCGAAAGCAAAACGUUAUGAUCGCCAGUUGCGCAUAUGGGGCACGCAUGGGCAGCAGCGUUUGGAAAGCUGUUCCAUCUGCUUGCUCAAAUGCGGCCCCACAGGCUCGGAGACAUUAAAAAAUCUUGUUCUUGGAGGUAUUGCUUCAUUCACAAUUGUUGACGGGGAGAAGGUUGAGGCGCGCGACUUGGGCAACAAUUUCCUGGUUAGCGCAUCUAGCCAGGGCGAGCCACGCGCAAAAGUGGUGACCGAACUUUUGCAAGAGCUAAAUGAGAGCGUAUCGGGGAGCUAUGUGGAGGAGGUGCCGGAAGUGCUUAUCACUGACAACCCACAGUUCUUCCACAGCUUCGACCUUGUCAUCGCGACACAGAUGCGCGAGCAGGAUAUGGUUAAGCUGGACGAGAUCUGCAGGUCCACAGGGCGCGCCAAGCUGCUGAUCAUACGAUCGUACGGCCUCGUGGGGUACCUGCGGGCGAGUCUCCCCGAGCACCACAUAGUGGAGUCCAAACCCGAUUCACAACUCGACGAUCUACGGUUGCACCAGCCGUGGCCGGAGCUGUUGCAGUUCGCCAGCUCCUUUGACCUGUCGUCCCUCGAUGACAUUGCCCAUUCACACAUGCCGUACGUUGUUAUACUGCUACAGGCGGCUGAGCGGUGGCGGGCAGCGCACGGGGGCCUGCUCCCGGGGACGUCCUCAGCCGACAAGUCUGCGUUCAAGGCGCAGGUGGCAUCCAUGCGGCGCACCGUAGAUGGAGAAGAGAACUUUGACGAGGCGUUGAAGGCGGCCUUCCAUGUCUCGACCCCGUACCGAAUUCCCUCAGAGGUCCGGGCUCUCCUUGACGACGAGGCCGCCGGGGCAGGGCUUGGGCCCGGGAGUGAUGAGUUCUGGGUCAUGGUCGCGGCGCUCAAGGAGUUCGUGGAGGAUGAGGGUGCCGGUACUCUGCCCCUGGAGGGCUCCAUUCCAGAUAUGCACGCCACAACGGACAUGUACCUUCGGGUGCAGCACCUGUAUAGGGAGAAGGCAGAGCGGGACGUGGCGGCAGUGGAAGCUCACGUACGGCAGCUGCUGGCCCGACUUGGGCAACCCGCGGACUCCAUUUCGCACGACACCGUCCGGUUGUACUGCCGCCAUGCACGGCACCUGCGUUGUGUCAGGUAUCGCACAUUGGCUGAGGAGACGGGCCCGGAAACCGCACGAGGCAGUGUGCUGGCUGCUGCGCUGAGCGCCGGUGGCGGCGGCGGCCUCGGAUUCUGCGGCGACCUUCCUCCGGGCUCUUCAGACGCGGCGCUGUACGUGCUGCUGCGGGCGGCUGACCGGUUCCACGCGCAGACGGGUCGCUACCCAGGGGCACCCACCGCGGACCCUCAGGAUGACCUGCCGCUGCUGCGACAAGCGGCCAUGCAGUCCCCGGACAGCAGCUCGGGCAGCGGCGCAGCGAUCAUCAGCGAGGACCUACUGGCGGAAACCUGCCGCGCGGGAGCGGCCGAGCUUCAUGUAGUGGCUGCUUUCAUGGGCGGCGUGGCAGCGCAGGAGGCCAUCAAGCUCGUCACCCGCCAGUUUGUGCCUAUCGCUGGGACGCUCAUCUACAACGCCAUGUCCUGCACUACCACCGCCCUAGAGUUGUAA